AUGUCAUCAUUUUUGGCUCCUCCCCCAAAUGAAGCGAGCCUCGACACGCGCUUCACAGAAACACCCCCUUCAUUACUCGACACAGGCUUCGAAGCCUCGGCACAUCUCGGAACAUCACUAGUGUACUACUUCUGCCCCCUGCUGGUGAUCAUGGCGACCGUGUCGUUUGAGGACUACUCUCUGUACAGUAACCUCUCUGAUGACGAGCUUCUGCAGCUCGCCAUAGAACGCAGUCUGGACGAAUCCCACCAAUCACAGGCCCCGCCCCCUCAGGAACCCCCGCCCCCUCAAGAGAGCCAGCCAGUCAGAACGUCUCGCACCAGGCAAUACCAGAGUGCGCCUGCGGUCAGAAGGAACUCCAGCUCCCAUAAUCCUCCGGUGCAGGAGCACGCUCACUACAGCUCGCCCAACCCGCCCAGCGAAAAACCGCCGGACCCGAAAACUUUUGAUGGGACGAUCAGUCGCUUCAUGACUGGAUCAGGGAAGAGGAUGGUGGCUUAUCGCAGGAUGGACCAGAGCAUAGCUUACAUCGGCCCAGAGCCAGACGAUGAGGAGGAGCCCAUAUUCGAGGCGAUCCGUCUGGGUAAUGCUGCAAAGGUGAAGGCUCUGGCGCUUAAACCUGGCACAAACCUGAUGCUGCCCAGUAGACCCGGCUGGCUGCCCAUCCACCAGGCGGCGUGGUACGGGCAGACCGCCUGCCUCAAUGCUCUCAUCGCAGUCCAGCCUGGGAUGAUAAACAAGCGUGCGUCCCGUGGAGAGACCCCCCUGCUGGUGGCUGUGCAGAGGGACAGUCUGGACUGUGCCCUGGUGUUACUGGACAACGGAGCUGAUCCAGACACUAUGAACUCAGACAAGGAAACACCGCUCUACAAAGCUUGUGAGCGCAAUAACGCCGCCCUGGUGGCGACUCUGCUGAACCACGGGGCCGGGGUGAACCUGAACUGUAUCCAGGGCUGGACGGCUCUGCAGGAGGCCGUGGUGAGGAACAGUGUGGAGAUCUGUGAGAUGCUGCUGUCGGCUGGAGCCAAAAUCAACAUCGCAAACAUGUACGGCAUCACGCCACUGUUCACCGCCGCCCAGACCGGGAGCAUGGACACCCUGCGCUUCCUCAUCAGACACGGCGCAGACAUAAACACGCAGGCUUCAGAUGGAAACACAGCUCUGUACGAAGCGGUGAAGAAUCGUCAUGAGGAAGUGGUGGAGCUGCUGCUGUCUCAGAACGCAGACGCCAAUCGACCAGGACGCAACGGACUCCUGCCUCUGCACAUCGCCGCACAGAACGGAAAUGAGACGAUCGUCGCUCUGCUGAUCCCAAAGACGAGUAAAGCCCGUGUGCGGCGCUGUGGCAUCAGCCCUCUGCACCUGGCAGCCGAGAGGAACAGAGACGAGGUCCUGGAGAUGCUCCUCCACGCUGGUUAUGACCCAAACAUGCAGCUGAGUGAGGAGCGGAGCACGCUGUACGAGGACCGCCGUCGUACUCCGUUGUACUUCAGCGUGGCCAAUGUGAACGUGUUCGCCGUUCGCCUGCUCCUGUCCCACGGCGCCGCCACAAACCUGGACACGCUCCCACCGCUGAUGGUGGCGGCGAGGCAGGGCGCCGUGCGGACCGUCACCCUCCUCCUGGAGAACGGCGCCGACGUGAACAUGACCGUGCCCAGUCUGACCACCUCCUUCCCGCCCCUCAUCAUGUUCUGCUCCCAGGACCCUCCUCUGCUCAAACUGAUGCUGGACCACGGGCUCAAGGCCGCGCCCUGCUUCACCUGCUCCUACGGCCACAAGGAGCACCCACCGCUCAGGAACCAAUCAGAGGACAGGACACGGAGAAUGGAGCAGGGAGAGCUACAAGGCCAUGUCCAAUUCUGCGAGAUGGUGUCGUCCCCCCAAGUGAGCAGGUGGGUGGGGCCGAUCGUGGACCUCCUGUUGAACUACGUGGGUCAUGUGACUCUGUGCUCCCGCCUCCUGGAUCACUUGGACAGUUACUCAGAGUGGAGCAGCAUCAAGGACAAAGCAGUCCCCCCUCGGCCGCUCAUGCAUCUGUGUCGUCUGAGGAUUCGCUCCCUGGUGUCCCAACGUCGGUUAAAGCGUCUGCCUCUGCCGCCUUCUCUGCUCCGCUUCGUCCAGCACGAGAUCCUGGAGGAGCCAGACCCAGACGAGCUGGAGUAUCCGGAAUACAGCGACUUCACUCAUCAGUUAUACAUUUAA